AUGUUUAUAAUUUAUGGUAAAAAAUUUACAAAUGAUUAUUUUUAUUCUAAAUUUGGAGAAGCUGCAAAUUUAAAUAUUGUUUCAAAUGAUUGUUAUGAACUUCCACCAGCAAUUUCAACGCUAUCAUUUAUAUCCGGUAAUAGUAAUUUACAAUUAAAUACAGAAACAGUUAUUGGUUGGCAAUUUACAAUUGAAAGUAAAGUUAAAAUAGCAAGUGCAUAUUUCCAUGUAAUUUCCGAUUUUGAUAAGCAAGGUUAUAAAUAUGAAUUCAAACCAAAUUCAAUUUCUUUCAGUGAUUCCUUAAAUUUUACAGUAGACCCAACUACAACUAGAACCCAAACAUUCAAAAUCUAUAAUGUAACAUUAAUUGAUGAAAGAGGCAUCAGAUCAGACUAUAUUGAUAACUAUGAUGUUCAUUAUAUUAAUACUAAAAGCACCAUACCCAAAUAUCCACCACCAAUUUCGCCAUUUUAUAAACUUUCGACAUUUAAAAAUCUGUGUGAAUUUAAAAUUAAUAGUCCAUUUUUACCAGAAACCACAUUACCAACCUUAGGUCAAAUUAGCCCACUAACACAAGGCUCGAUAAAUAAUGAUUUAACAAUAACACUAACUGUUAAUUUCGUUACACAAGAUGAUACAGGAUUAUCAAAAAAACACAUUCCACAAUUAUAUUUAGAGAUAUUCCCAAACUUUGGUAAUAUUAUAAUUAUUCAAUGUGAAACCACAAAUUCAAUAUAUUUAAAUGAAAAUAGGGUGUCCUCAAAUACUGCCGAAUGUAAAGCUCCAAUGUCAAUAGGUUUAAUUAAUUUUUUGACAAUCUCAGUCUAUGGCAUAGUUGAUACAAGUUUAAAUGUUGCUGGCUAUACUGCAUCUGAAAUUAAUACAAAUAGUGGUGUUUAUUCUCUUCCAGUAAUAAUUAAACCAAUCAUUAGUAGUCAUACAUCACUCACAGUUAAUAAUGAUAAACUAACACUCUUUGGUAAAAACUUUCCUAUGUCAAAUGGAAAUGCAAUUUUAGUAUAUAGCAAUACAAACACUGAAAUUCCCCUUUCAUUUAACUAUGUAUCAAACGUUAUGGUUAUAAUAAAUAUUCCCAAGAGUGAUCAACAAUUUAUUAUUUUCACAAACUCCUCUGAAGGUCAGGAAUCUAAUAAAUAUCAAGUAACCUAUCUCGAAAAAGAAGACUCGUCCUCAUCCUCAUCAUCAUCCGAACCACCAAUCGUUAAAUGCCUAAAUAACUGUGGUGGACCAACUAGAGGUGUAUGUAUAGAGAAUAUUGGUUGCCGUUGUAUUGCUCCCUACAGUGGUAUUAGUUGUUUAUCAGAAACCAUUAAAAUUCCAAAACCACAAAUAAAUGAAACAUCGCCUGACUCAAGAAACGAAAUUCCAGUUAGUGGAACUGAUAUUAAAUUAAACACAAUCAUUUCAGUAGUUGCUAUAAAAGAAUUGGAUAUUUCGGGUAAUCAAAUAAAUAUUCAUUAUCUUAAUGAAUGGAAUUUUACAACCAUUUCAGACUCAAAUUAUACCUAUGUUUCAAAUAUAGCUAAAAAUCAGCAAAACGUUUCAACUAUAAAAGUUAAUAUGGAAUGGCAUGAACAAUCGUCAACCAUCACUUUUGCAAAUCAAAACUUUACCAUAAACCCAUUUAGCUUAAAAUACUAUAUAAUUUUAGAUGAAUACCCAUUCACAUCAAAACUACACUCUCUCCAUCUUAUUAUCAAAUCAGAAUUCAAGAGUUCACAAACCAAAGAUAUUUGUUCAAGUAAAGAAAUAUCCUUAAAUGAUGGAAGUGACUAUAUGACAUUAAAUAUAGGUAAAUACAGCUUUGAAGGAAAGUUCAUAAAGAAAGGAGUAAUCAACAGCGAAGAUAGAAUUGUAUCAAUUAGCAACACUCUAGUAGAUAACUUUGACACCAAUAGUAUCAACAUAAAUGAAACUGAAAAAGACUCUUCUAAUCAACAAACAUCAUAUAUAGCAAUUCAUAUACCAUAUUAUAAUACCAAAGCAAUAUUAGAUCCUAGCUUUUCAGUUUUAAUUGAUCCAAAUGGAUCAUCAAAAAAUUCAGCCAAUUCAAUUUGUUCUGGAUCAUCCAAGAAAUUAACAGCUGCUCAAAUUGUUGGUAUUGUUGUAGGUGGUGCUGUAUUUUUAGUUAUAAUUGUAUUAAUAAUAAUGUUGAAAUUUUCAAAAUCUUCAAGAUUUUUAAGUUUGAAAAUUUUUAUUUAUAAAAGAUUUAGAUCAAAAUAA